AUGACAGCAGUAUUACACAAAUUGUUCCCUUCUCCCCUUUCUAAAAUCCCAAAUUUGUUGACUUCAACUGAAAAUGAAAACAAGACAAAAUAUGAUUUAAUUCUGAAGAUAGCAUUCAACAGAGAGAACAUAGGUAACAUUUGGUCACCACCUGCUUCCAGACCUUUAAAGAUGAGUUCUGUCACAAUGGUGGUCGAUAGAUACACUGGCUUUCUUACAAAAUUAUUACUAGGGGGAAAAAUAGAUUUCCCAUGUAGUGUAAGUAGAACCAGAAGAACUGUAGAAAACCUUGACUUAAGAAGCCAUGUGAAGAAUACUUAA